AUUACAUUUGUUUUAACGAAUUUAUACUCCAUUGUUUUUUUGUUAAUUUCAGUCUUCACUCUUCAGACUUUUCGGCAAGUAACGUUAUACAGAUUUAUUUUGUUUCCGUCGUCGCUUGUUGGUACUUGAAAAGAAAGGCAGAACCAAAAUGAUUAGUUUCAUGCGAAAAAAUAGUGUACAUGCGUUUCUCCAGCAUAAGGUAGCUGGACAAAUGGUUAAAGGCCUAACAAGGAGUAUGGCUAGUAAAGUUCCGCAAAAAAUGGAAGAUUAUUUCAAAGACAAAAAAAUUAUAGUUACUGGAUCUUGUGCUGGUAUGGGAGAAAAAAUUACAGAGAGAUUACUAGAUUUAGGUGCAUUUGUCUACGCAGUGGUAGAGAAGAAGGAAGGAGCUGCUAAAGCAUUACCAAACACAAAACAAAUAUUUUGUGAUGUUUCAAAGUGGGAGGAUACUUACAAGACAAUGUACGACAUCGGACCAGUACAUGGAUUGGUUAACAAUGCUGGUGUAGCAGUUAUUGAACCAUUUUUUGAAGUCACCGAAAAUGGUUGGGAUAAGACUUUAAACGUCAAUGCCAGAGCCUUAGUGAGAAUAAGUCAGGCAGUGGCCAAAAACAUGAUUAAUGCCGGUAUCAGAGGGUCUAUUGUGAAUAUUUCUUCAACAAUUUCAACAAGAGCCAUACCCGAUCAUACAACAUACUGUGCGUCUAAAGGAGCUGUGAAUCAAAUAACCAGAACAAUGGCAAUUGAGCUGGGUAAAUGUGGGAUUCGUACCAACAGCGUAAAUCCAACUGUCGUGUUGACCCGUAUGGGUAAAAUUGCAUGGUCAGAUCCCGAAAAAUCCGAACCCAUAAUGAAACGAAUCCCACUUGGCAGAUUUGCAGAAACCGAUGACAUUGCGAACGCUGUGAUUUUCAUGCUCAGUGACUAUUCUACCAUGGUAAAUGGAACGUCCCUCGUAGUUGAUGGUGGGUUCUUGGCAGGAUAGACAACUUCACUAUGAAGCAGAGUUAUUAAAGAAUUCACUAAUUCAACUUAAAAAAUAUUUUUAUUCUUAAUAUUUCAUGCCAAUAAUUGUAUGUAAUAUUUAUAUUAUUAUAUAUUAUAUUUAUUGCGUGCAUUAUACAAUAACUUUUAUACGUUAUUGACAAUAAACAGUGAAUUCUAAAACAUAA